AUGUCUCUGCUCUGCUCGAAAGGCACCCCAGCCAUGGCACAAAAUUCGCGGCUUCGGCUGAUUAGUGUCAUUGAUGUGGAGCAGUAUGGCUUCGAAAGCAUCAGCAACAUCAACAUAACCCUCGUUUGGAGAACAUGUGACUGGCAUGUGCGAGGUAUCUCUACGUGGUUCGAGCACGGCUGGAUGAACAACUUUCUGGUCGUCCUCCCGGGCGUGUGGUUCAAAGCUGAUGGACAGCUGACCUUCCUCUAUGACAACGAAGGACCUUGGCAUUAUUUCGAAAAUUUCGACGUGGACGAUCGAGACAAGAUAGAGAAGGUGAUCAAGAACAGCGUGCAGUUCAACAAAGGGAAACGUCCAGCUUUGGUAGCAGAUGCGAUUGCAGGAAGAUCAGACUAG